AUGCAGAAGCUGGGCCUACACGGCAGAAACACAGAUCGAGCCUGUCUCAGAUGGAUCCCUCUACCAUGGUGGAGUUUACUCCCAGAGCAACACAGCAUAUUCCUUCAGGAAUGGAUACCACCUGAUAAUCUCCGGUUGGCGGAGAAGAAAUCCAUUCCCACCCCAAGG